AAAAUAUGAUAGUAUGAAUGAGCAGGGGAGCAGGGGCACGUUGGUCUUGUGUAGAGGCAGAUUCAUUGCAGGACACUGAUCCCCUCAUCGUCGUCAUCACCGUCACCGUCGGCGCAUGUUAGCCAAAUCCUUCGAUUUUCGUCACUAAUCUUCCCGCCGCCGAUUCUGCUUCCAAUCACGAUCCUCCCUCAGAUCACCCGUAAUUGUUGGGGUUUCAAUGUACUCUAUUUGGUCACUAAGAAGCGGCUGCGAAAGGAAAGGAAAGGAAAAUUUGAAGAAUGUCUUCCAUAUGUUUUGGUUCCCAGGAAUCGAAGCUAUGUUACUUAAAAUUUCUUUGCUUUUACUUUCAUCUAUUUCUAGGUAACGGAUUGAUUUGGAUUAAGAUGGUUAAGCUUCGUUUAUUUCCUUUACAUUGGGGGGAUGCUUUUCUUUCUAAGCUUUUGCACUCUGGACAAUGGUUUGUAAUGGUGGGAGAUGCUUUUCUUACUAUAUAUUAGUAAUCAGGAAAAUUAUCUGUGUCAGAAAUACUUCUCUGGUUUGUUUUUCUGACAUGUUCAUUGGCAUCACAUCUAAUUUUGUGUAAAUUCAAGUGAAUUUACCCAUUGUACAUCCAUUCGAAGAAGUACUUAUCAGAGGCUAUUUGGUAUGUUCUUGUACUAUAUAUGUGUGUGUGUGUAUGUAUGUGUGUAUAUAUAUAUAUAUAUGUAGAUAUAGAUAUGCUACUUUUAUACAAAUGCAACUAUGAAAUUUGAUUGUAUCUCUCCUUUUGUACUAGGGUUGACGAGGCAUUCCGGGGUGAGUAUGAAUAUGAUGGUAAAGAGGAAAGUUCCUUCAUUGGUUGAUUUAUGUAUUAGGACAGCCAUAGAUAAUGUUAGGUAUCUCGGAGAUGUUGGUGAGACAGAUAUUAAUCUGCUUGAUCAUAUUCUGCCGCAUUGUACAGUUGAUCAGUUGAUGCAUAUUGAGAAGUGCACAGAAGAAAGAGAUUUGAGUGAAGUAACUGAUAAAUUAUGGAAAAAAUUUUAUGAAAAAGAAUUUGGUGUGAAGAGUACUAAUCUUGUAGUUGAGAGGAUGAAACUGAAGAAAGUAUCAUUUAAAUGGAGCAAACUGUAUGAGGCAAAAUUGAAAGACAGGGAUGAGGCUCAGAAGAAAUCGUUUGAUCGAAUUAAGCAAUUAUACCAGAAGGAAGAUGCCAGAAAACAAAGUCGACAAGUUAAGAUUUGCACUAAAGUUCCACCUUCAAGCAAUAAAAGAUGCUUCUAUGGCGGACCUGGCACUUCCAAUUUGAAGAGCAACUUGAUGAAGAAGGCCAAAGUAGAAUGUCUUAACAGUCCGGAGGUGAAAAAUCUUGCAGCUAUGAAGAAACAAGCGUUGCAAAGUCGCUGCAUCGCUCCUGCAAGAAAGCUUGGCAGUUUUUCGGGGAAGGAUUGUGCUUCAACUUCCAAUCUUACGAAGCCGAUGCAGAGGAGACUGUAAAGCAUGUGUUGUGAUUCACCUGUAAACUCAUAAAGCAUAUAUAUGGACAUUCAUUUUCCAUGUUCUGAAUUUCUCCCGAGAAUAUCAUUUCAUAUCGGGAACGCAUUCAAAUGUAUGAUUAACAUGGUUGUUUUGCAUUUUUAUGUUUCCUGAUUUAAGGUUGGCCCGAUUCA